UGCGCUUUACGGCAGUGUGUCUGGAGCCUCUGCGGAGGGGCCGCGGUUUGGGCGUGAGUGGAGGGAACCCCGGUGGCAGGUGUUGGCUGGGUCUGAAACCAUGGACGUGGGUGAACUUCUGAGCUACCAGCCCAACAGAGGCACAAAACGUCCCCGGGACGAUGAGGAGGAAGAACUGAAGAUGCGUCGGAGACAAGCUGGCACUCGAGAGCGUGGCCGCGGCCGGGAGGAGGAGCUGAGUGUGGCCGAAGAAGCCGAUGACGACAAAAAAAGACUGCUUCAAAUUAUUGACAGAGAGGGUGAGGAGGAGGAGGAAGAGGAAGAACCACUGGAUGAAAGCUCAGUGAAGAAAAUGAUCCUUACGUUUGAAAAAAGAUCAUACAAAAACCAAGAGUUGCGGAUCAAGUUCCCAGACAACCCAGAGAAGUUUAUGGAGUCCGAGCUGGACCUAAAUGACAUCAUUCAGGAGAUGCACGUGGUGGCCACCAUGCCAGACCUGUACCACCUGCUGGUGGAGCUGAACGCCGUGCAGUCUCUUCUUGGGUUACUUGGACACGAUAAUACAGAUGUGUCCAUAGCUGUGGUGGAUUUGCUUCAGGAAUUAACAGACAUAGACACCCUCCACGAGAGUGAAGAGGGAGCGGAAGUGCUCAUCGAUGCUCUGGUGGAUGGGCAGGUGGUAGCGCUGCUCGUGCAGAAUCUGGAGCGCCUGGAUGAGUCUGUGAAGGAAGAGGCGGACGGCGUCCACAACACUCUCGCUAUUGUGGAAAACAUGGCAGAGUUCCGGCCUGAGAUGUGUACGGAGGCCGCCCAGCAGGGGCUCCUGCAGUGGCUGCUGAAGAGGCUGAAGGCAAAGAUGCCUUUCGAUGCCAACAAACUGUAUUGUAGUGAAGUGCUGGCCAUCUUGCUCCAGGACAACGACGAAAACAGGGAAUUGCUUGGGGAGCUGGAUGGAAUCGAUGUGCUUCUUCAGCAGUUAUCUGUGUUUAAAAGGCACAAUCCUAGCACAGCCGAGGAGCAGGAGAUGAUGGAGAAUCUGUUUGAUUCCCUCUGUUCCUGCCUGAUGCUCAGUUCCAACCGCGAGCGCUUCCUGAAGGGCGAGGGCCUCCAGCUGAUGAAUCUCAUGCUCAGAGAAAAGAAGAUCUCCCGGAGCAGUGCCCUGAAGGUGCUGGACCAUGCCAUGAUCGGACCCGAGGGCACGGACAAUUGCCACAAGUUUGUUGAUAUUCUUGGCUUACGAACCAUCUUUCCCCUCUUUAUGAAAUCUCCCAGGAAGAUCAAGAAAGUGGGAACCACUGAGAAGGAGCACGAAGAGCAUGUCUGUUCGAUCCUGGCCUCCCUCCUGCGGAACCUGAGAGGACAGCAGCGAACCCGGCUUCUGAGUAAAUUCACUGAAAAUGACAGCGAGAAGGUCGACAGACUGAUGGAGUUGCAUUUUAAAUACCUGGACGCAAUGCAGGUGGCCGACAAGAAGAUUGAAGGGGAAAAGCACAUUUCUCCCGACUCUCCAGACAACACAAAGCCCAGAGAACGCCAAGGCCCCUGGUAUGGGAAGCUGUCUGGACUUCUCGUUGGUUCCUUCUGGCUUCUGUUGGUUAAAUGCACAGAGAUGCCUAACAGACAUAGCGUGUCCUUCUUCUGGGUUCCCUCGGCCCUCGGUACAACUGGAGAGAUUCGCCAGAGGGUCCACCAGAUCCUAAACAUGCGAGGGAGCUCCAGCAAGAUCGUCAGGCACAUCAUCAAGGAGUACGCGGAGAACAUCGGCGACGGCCGGAGCCCCGAGUUCCGGGAGAACGAGCAGAAGCGCAUCCUGGGCUUGCUGGAGAACUUCUAGAGACCCCGGGGCUGCGGGCCGCGCGGACUCUCACUGGGCCUCCCGCCCGGCAAGAUUUUACACAGCUCGUGUGACUUUUGGACGAAUUAAAGCUAGUUUUGGUA